CAGACCAGAGUAGACGUCAUUUUCAUUGUAUCUGUUUCGCUCGGCGUGGCUUGUUCUACUUACGGAUUAUUGAUUCGAAAUCUGCGGUCUCGCUGGUAAUCUGUCCGCGGAUUGUCCACCCAUCGACGUCGCGGAUCUCCGGGACACCACCGGGCGAACGUUCCCAAUCCGCCAGUGCCACGAAAAAAAAAGUUUGAACGAAAACCAGGCCAGUGUAGUUCUCCCGAUUUGGUGUUAUCGGUUCUGUUCGCCUACCGUCGAAGGUGGUGACUUUGUUUUCUUGUUGUCCGAGCUGCUUUACGACGGGACCAGUGCGAAUCCGGUUUUCAAGUGCCGAGUGGACUGAAGAGAAAAUUCCCCGGGAACGUGAGUGGCAUUAUAAGUAUUUGCUGUUGUUUAGUGUUGUACACAACCGGCUAUUCGUCGGCGGCAUUGCGAAAAAUACGGUGUCGAUUUACGAAGAAUAAAAGUUGAAGCAUUUUGUUCUGCUCAUCUGCGGUGAUUGUUUUCUGCUAUUUUAGAUGCAAGUUACACGCUUCGGUGUGCGUUGGCCGUGGUUCAUCGGAGGAUCCGAACACAGCUGUUGAACCCAGAUCAGGGUAUUCAGAGUUACUACAGUGAAACGUCGGAUAAAAGGACGGAUUUUCUCGGUGGUUGAAAAGUUUUUCUUGAAUUUCGAGAGUCAAGAGUGUGGUGUACAACCUGAAAUAAAACUGAAUUGUCUGACCGAAAUCGAGAAACAUCAGUGGUUAAGAAGAAACGAAGCAAAGGAAAAGAUAGCGAAAAACGCGAAAAACCCACAGUGUCACAGUGUCUGUGCUCGAGUUCGAGGAAAAUUAUGUAAUAAGUUGUUAUAUUUUCACUCUCCCAACAUCUUCUACAGAGCGAAUUUUUCCUCGCGAUUCGACGGUGGAUUGCUCCCAACAUCCACGUAUCUACAUCGGAUACUCAGACUAAGAGACUCUGGUCCCAGUGUCAGGAAGUUGUGAGGAGUCUGUGGUGUGUCUGUUGCUGUUUGAGCUCCACUUUUCUCGAAUGGCUCCCAUUUGACAGCCGACGAGAUCGACGAGAGCUGGCCUCAACUCGGCGAUCAAUGAAGCCCCGAUCUUCGGCGGUCAGUUUUUCCUGGACUGCUUUCGUAGCGCUCUAGCAGCAAAGGGAAAAUCUCUUCUAGUGGUAUUUCAAGUGUGAAGAAAAGUCGAAAAAAUAGUAUCGUAAAGUUCCCCAUCAGAGGAACCCCCCGUUGGAAUCCCAUACAAAAAAGAGAACAUUCGAGCGGGCAAAAACUCAGAGCAAACACUAGAGCGAGAUAGUGAGAGAAUUGACUCUCGUUUCGAAACAAUUAAGGCGAGUAGUGAGUGGAAAAAUCGACCGUGGAAAUCGCGGAUGGUCAGCAUCUCUCCGGACGGGUUUGAACGGAAACCGCGAGAAAAGAAAACACAAGUAAUCACCCAGCUCCAGGUCGGCAGAUACUCAAGAUAAAAAUCGACCGAUCCCGUGUGUUUUAUUUGUGGAACAACCGACGGGCGAAAGCAACAAUCGAACCGAACGCUGCUGCCAUCAGCGCCGCCCCCCCUCGGUGGAAGGGUGGACUACUAAGAAGCGCCCGGGCCGUCCAAAAAAAGGCAUCAGAACGGCGGCCGUGAAAAGUGUGCUCUCGUUUGUGUGUUCUGCAGGAGAGACGAUUAUUCCGCACAAUCAUCCGGGCCGAAGAAAAUCCCAAGAAGAAAGUGAAAUGGUGUUAUAGUGCGGUAAAAGUCCAAAAGGCCCCCCUCUCGUCAACGGUGUGUGCGUGUGUGUUUGUUUUCGCGCGCGCGGUUGCAUGAUUUGAUAGUAGCAGAUCUCAACCCUUUUCGCCUUGCCUGAAGACCCGAAUUAGAAGGACACAAUGGCAGUUAGUUAGAAGAGAGUGAUCGGAUUUGCGGUUUUUGGUUUUUCUGUUCGUGAGAGGCGCAGAAGAAGACGACGGAGAAGAAGAUUAGAACCUGAUAGCUGACUCCCACGAUCGUUGCUGCUGGGCGUCAACGAGUGGGCGAAUCUCCCCCCACGGUCUCCAGGAUAGUAGUUAGCGACGGCCGGGAGGAGGGCGAAGACGACGUCGAGGGGACAGUUUUACAACCAUAGGAGCAUAACUUAACUUGACACACACAGAUUGAUAUAUUACUACUAGUACUACAUAUUCUACUACCACUACUACUACUAGAAAUUCGCGACUACGAGUGCGAGACGAGCAGAGAAGAAAAAGGAUUAGUUGUUAAGGAAAUCGCAAGUCUACUACUAACAAAACACAAACACACCCCCCAAAACGCUUCAAGGUGUCGGAACAGAAGCGGAAAAGCGGAUAAGUCUUAGCAAAACCCAACCAACCAUUAAUUAGUAAGUUAAAUCGAAGUUAGUAAAUCAAAUUUAACCAACCAAGAUGGCGACGAUAGACGGACGACCGGCUCAGUACCAGAUCACGCUGAAGAAUCUGCGUGAAAUCAUGGAGCACCGAGGCCGGGAAGGCGUGUCGAUAGUGAACGAGUACGGCGGCGUGCACGAGAUCUGCAAGAAGCUUUACACCCACCCGAACGAUGGUCUGAGCGGCUCGAAAGCGGACAUCGAGCACCGACGGGAAACGUUCGGUUCCAACACAAUACCUCCGAAACCACCGAAGUCCUUCCUGAUGCUGGUGUGGGAAGCCCUGCAGGACGUCACGCUGAUCAUUCUGGAGAUUGCUGCCAUCAUCUCGCUGCUGUUAUCGUUUUAUCAGCCCGCGGACGAUGAUGAGCCCGUAUUGGAAGAGGAAGAAGAGCACUACUCGUGGAUCGAAGGUUUGGCCAUUCUGGUGUCGGUGUUUGUGGUCGUUAUUGUGACGGCCUUCAAUGACUACUCGAAGGAGAAGCAAUUCCGAGGGCUCCAGUCACGAAUCGAAGGCGAACACAAGUUCUCCGUAAUCCGUGGUGGCGACGCAGUACAGAUCAAUAUCGGCGAAAUUGUGGUGGGCGACAUCUGCCAGAUCAAGUAUGGUGACUUGCUUCCGGCCGAUGGUAUCCUGAUCCAGAGUAACGAUCUGAAGAUUGACGAGUCUUCGUUGACGGGUGAAUCGGACCACGUGAAGAAGAGCGAAGUAACGGAUCCAAUGGUGUUGUCCGGAACGCACGUUAUGGAAGGUAGUGGAAAAAUGGUCGUCACUGCUGUCGGUGUUAACUCCCAGGCAGGUAUUAUCUUUACUCUGCUGGGAGCAGCCGUUGAUGAGCAUGAGGCAGCCGCCAAGAAAAAGAAGAAGGACUCCAAGAAAGAUAAGAAACUGAAGGAUGGCGAUGAGAUCACCAACAAUAGUCACCACCCCGCCCUGAAAUCUCAGACAACAGUCGAUUCCAUUACGUCGGACGAUGGCGAAGAAGGCAAGGGUAACGGUGGCGGCGGAGGUGGUCACGGAGGCAAGGAAAAAUCCGUCCUCCAAGCGAAACUUACCAAACUGGCCAUUCAGAUCGGUUAUGCCGGUUCGACGAUUGCCGUUCUGACCGUGAUCAUUCUCAUCAUCCAGUUCUGCAUCCAAACCUUCGUUAUCGAACAGAAACAAUGGCGAAACUCGUACGCAAACAAUCUGGUCAAGCAUUUCAUCAUCGGUGUGACAGUGCUGGUCGUUGCCGUACCGGAAGGUCUCCCGCUUGCCGUCACGCUUUCGCUUGCCUACUCCGUCAAGAAGAUGAUGAAGGACAAUAACCUGGUACGGCAUUUGGAUGCUUGCGAAACCAUGGGUAAUGCCACUGCCAUUUGCUCGGACAAGACCGGAACACUGACCACCAACCGGAUGACCGUGGUCCAAUCGUACAUCUGCGAAAAGCUAUGCAAGGUGACACCCAAGUUCUCCGAUAUCCCACGGGUAGUGGGAGAAGCGGUCGUCGAAGGUAUCUCGCUCAACUCGGCCUACACCACUUGUCUGAUGCCAGGCACCAAUCCGGGAGAUCCCCUUCAGCAGGUAGGCAACAAAACCGAAUGUGCUCUGCUGGGCUUCGUGCAAGGAUUGGGCAAAAGCUAUCAAACCAUUCGAGAUAAUCACCCGGAGGAAUCGUUCACCCGUGUCUACACAUUCAACUCGGUUCGAAAAUCCAUGAGCACCGUUAUUCCAAAGCCAGGUGGUGGUUAUCGAGUGUACUGCAAGGGUGCGUCGGAAAUUGUCCUGAAGAAGUGUUCGUUCAUCUACGGCCAGGAUGGAGUGUUGGAGAAGUUCACCCGUGAUAUGCAGGAACGGCUACUACAUCAAGUGAUCGAACCGAUGGCAUGCGACGGCCUGCGAACCAUUUGUAUCGCAUUCAGAGACUUUGUUCCCGGCAAAGCCGAGAUCAAUCAAGUGCACGUCGACGGCGAACCCAACUGGGACGACGAAGAGAAUAUCGUAAGCAAUCUGACGUGUUUGUGUGUGGUCGGUAUCGAAGAUCCAGUGCGGCCGGAAGUGCCGGACGCUAUCCGAAAGUGCCAACGAGCAGGCAUCACCGUCCGAAUGGUUACUGGAGACAACAUCAAUACCGCACGGUCAAUCGCUACCAAGUGCGGUAUCAUUCGGCCUCAGGACGACUUCUUGAUUCUGGAGGGUAAGGAGUUCAACCGACGGAUCCGUGACAGCAACGGAGACAUUCAGCAACACCUGCUGGACAAGGUGUGGCCAAAGCUGCGGGUAUUGGCUCGAUCUUCGCCAACGGAUAAGUACAACCUGGUAAAGGGUAUCAUCGACAGUAAGGUAUCGGAUAAUCGCGAGGUAGUUGCCGUCACUGGUGAUGGUACAAACGAUGGUCCUGCUCUGAAGAAGGCGGAUGUUGGAUUCGCCAUGGGAAUUGCCGGAACUGAUGUAGCAAAGGAAGCUUCCGAUAUUAUUCUAACUGAUGACAAUUUCAGCAGUAUCGUUAAGGCCGUUAUGUGGGGACGUAAUGUGUACGAUUCGAUUGCCAAGUUCUUACAGUUCCAGUUGACCGUCAACGUCGUCGCUGUGAUUGUGGCGUUCAUCGGCGCUUGUGCCGUGCAGGAUUCGCCUCUGAAGGCCGUACAGAUGUUGUGGAUGAACUUGAUUAUGGACACGUUGGCAUCGUUGGCUUUGGCUACCGAAAUGCCUACUCCGGAUCUAUUGCUACGUAAACCGUACGGCCGAACGAAACCACUGAUCUCACGCACAAUGAUGAAGAACAUCCUGGGUCAAGCUAUCUAUCAAUUGAUCAUCGUCUUUGGGCUCCUCUUUGUCGGUGAUCGAUUCUUAGAUAUUGAGUCGGGUCGAGGCCAACCAUUGAACUCUGAAGCGACACAGCAUUUCACAAUCAUCUUCAACGUGUUUGUCUUCAUGACGCUCUUCAACGAGCUGAACGCUCGUAAAAUCCAUGGCCAACGAAACAUUUUCGAAGGUCUAUUCACGAACCCAAUCUUCUACAGCAUCUGGAUCAUUACAUUGGUGUCGCAAAUCUUCAUCAUCCAGUACGGCAAGGUGGCAUUCUCGACAAAGGCGCUCAACAUCGAACAAUGGCUGUGGAGUGUAUUCUUUGGCCUCGGAACGCUAAUCUGGGGCCAGAUCGUCACAACGAUCCCCACCCGCAAGAUGCCCAAGAAGAUGGCGUGGGGUCGUGGCGAAGCAGAGUACACUGAAGCGAUCCGACUCGGCGAGGAGCGCUACGACUCGAUGGAUAAUGACAAGAAACCCCGUGCAGGUCAGAUAUUAUGGAUCCGUGGCCUUACUAGGCUGCAGACCCAGCUUCGUGUUGUACGUGCAUUUCGAUCCACAUUAGAAGAUUUAGAAGAACGUCGUUCCAUUCAUAGCUUGCAUAGUCUUAGAAGUUCACGCAGUCAUCCCGGAGGCAUGAGCACGAGUGGUACAAUGACUAGUCAAGGUCUCUCAAAUCUCUUAUAUCCACCAGGUUCCAACAUCCCAACCGGCCGGCUAAUAGGUACUAAUGUUGGCGAUCUUAAGUAUAUUGAUGAAGAUCAAAGACUUCACAAUAAUCAGCACAUAAUAGAGAAAUUCGCGGUUUGGACAAAAUCGACAACAGUAUAAAUUCCUUUGAUAUACGAUUGAAGUGGGAAGAUCUCGCGCGGUUCAUUGAUUUCUUUCUAAUGACAGUUUAGAAAGCAAUAUUCUAUAGUUGGUAGGAUGCGAAUACCAAUGCAGACUUAGGAAGCGUGUAGAGGAAAUUACGGUGCGGAAAGUAAAGGGAGGAGCACUAGCUAAAUAACAAACGCAAUCAGAGUUCAGAGCAUUUGCAUUUCGUCAUUUAUUCACUUGUUUUCUUUCCAAAGUUGUUACAACCUUGAACGAAGCUGUGUUUGUUGAGUAGGCGCUGAAGAGGUGCUUUUCCAUGCGACAAAUGCAGGAGCAAAGUAGGCCAUCAUCUCUUCUAGAACCAAUACGUAGGAUUGGAAUGAACCAAAAAACGAGGAAACAGUUGACGUUUUUUUUUGUGCGAGAGAAAGCGAGAAAGAGAGUGAAAUCAAAGCCAAUGGAUCAUAAAAAUAUGAACUAAAAGGAAAUGAAAUAGGUCACAGCUUGCUGUGAUUGCUGGACAAGUCGGAACUAUUGUAUAGUAGGAAGAUAAAGCAACCUUUGAAUCAAGUUUAACGGUUUAUAGCGAAUAAUAUAUACAUAGACUAGAUCGACACGCGAAACAGAAAAAAAAUGAGUAUUAUGUUCGAAUGAAAAAAAAAAGAAAACUUAUUGUUAUUACAAGGAGUUUAAAAGUUUACUUAUGACAAACCACACACUCACCCUUCCACAAACACAGGAACCAAAUCAAGUUGACUUACUUAACCAUAAAAAAACAAUCACAUUUAACUUACACAUUUACAAGCCAUUGCUUUUACGAAGUCACCAGGUCAAACAACACGUGGACACUUGUACAAGUUUUGUUUAGUUAAUCGACUAGACGUGUGAACAAAAUCGAAUAAACCACUUUGCAAUCAUAGUUAUUCGUGGAGUUUCAGGGUACUCUUGCUAUUAUUUCACACACACAAACUAAUUUAUUUAAUAAUUAGGCAAAAUAGGACAGUUAGAUGAUUUAUGUUGCUCAUUACGAAGAAGAACGACACUGAGUGAAAUUUCUUUGUGUAUAAUGAAGGAUUGCAGAAGCAUUUAUCAUUUAAGUUUGUUUCAGUCCGAGUAUGUUGUUUUUAUGUUAUGUCUUCAACUUUUCAUUGUUGGAUUAGCACGUCAAAUCGCGUUACAUUUAAACCAAACGUUGAAGGUGAGCUGAGAAUCGUACAUAGUAUAGUGAAGAAAACAAUGUUUAAAGUACUGUUUUUCUGCCUUAUAGUUAAGAACGAAAGAAAAGUGACAAAGUCUUGAAUCGACCUAUUAGUAGAGGUGAAGCACCUUUCAAACCACACAAAGAUAAAAUCCAAAAAAUUAUGAGCAAUUAGUAUAUAUCAAAAGACAGCCGAAUCCCCUCUAGAAAAAAAAAAUAAUUUAAAGAAAAACUAUGAAGAAGAGUGCGGUCAGUCGCCUACUGCUCUCUAGAAGGAAUGUCUUAUUCUAUUACCCUGCCCUCAACUAAUCGACGACUGACGAAGACCUAACCUCCAUCCACUAAAACUGACACACACGCGAGAACACGUGCGUUUGGGUGUGUGAAUCAAAGCACUCGCUAGGGAAGGUCAGAACAGUAGGUACAGAGAUCAAAUCGCGAUCGAAAUGAUGAUGAUGAUGAUGAUGAUGUAGUUGAUCGAGAAACUGAUAUCUCUCUAGGUGAAUUAGGGCAAAAGCAAAACAACACACUACAGAAAUAAAACGGUUACCAAACAAGGAUGUGCGAACGUCUCGCUUCUCGAGAAGUGGCACCCGGUUUUAUCUCGAGAUAUCUCUUUUAUCCGCUUGUCAGAGAGCGAAAUCUACCGAGGCCGCGUUGUAAUAUCGUUUGUGAAUCGUGUUUGAAAAAGUUUAUCUUAGUUCCGUUUUUGUUUACGUUGUUGUCUAGGCGAUCGCAAGCAGGGCACGGUUCAUUGCCAUCCGCAUAUUGCGAGGAAACGGGAUCCGGGAUCAGUGAAACCAAAGACGAAGUAAAGACCUUCAUGGCUCAUGGGGUAAUAGAACAAGAUCUAGAAUGCUGUGAAAAGUGUACUGCGAUAUGUCAAACCUGAGUAUCGAGUGUAGUACUAGAAUUGGGACUCAUUCUGAAUCAAAAUACUAUGUCUUUAUUUCGUCUUUGGCGAAACUAGGAAUGGGGCCAAAAAUAGGGACUGCGUUCUGAUCGAUUUAAUCACUUUUGCAACCGAAACCCUACUAAAAUUCGCCUACUAGGUUAAAUUUAAAAAAAAAACGACAAAAUUCUACGCCUACUACACCUGCCAACGAUUCCCCUUACUUUCCUUUCUUCAUCAUCCGGCAGCGAACACUAACCCGUUAACAAUUGCGACUAGUCUUUUGGAUCGCGUCGUCUUCGCUCGAUGCUAAAUCGUAUAAAGAGUCCAAAAUGCAAGCCAUCGAAAAAAAAAACAA